CUCAAAGCUGUUUAUGGGGGCGGGCUGUUGUCAUGGUGCCCAGAGAAGCCUUUCAGAGCCUCUGGUACUUAAUGCCUGGCAGCAGAGUCAGGGGGGUAAAUAGGAAAAGAGCUGGCAGGGCAAUAACUCAUCUCCCCACCACCUCUGCUGCCGCUGCUGCUGCUGCUGCUGCUUCCAGAACCUUCCUGCCUAGUUCUGCUCUAUUGGGACCCACUGUACCUCAGGAGCAGUUCUUGGAUCACCAGGCUUUAUUAAUGUUUGACCUGCCCACAGUGGCCCCGAUAGACAUGGAGGACAGCUGGGUGACUUUCCAGGCUGAGGGGGAGCAAGGCCAAGAUUCCUUUUCUAGCUCGGUUAACCUGGACGACAGUCUGACCAGCUUACAGUGGCUACAAGAAUUCUCCAUACUCAAUGCCAACGUGGGUAAAGCACCAUCAUCUGGGGACUCCCAUGGUUACAAACAUCUAUCCGGUGCCCCCUGUUCUCCUCUGGCCGCCGACCCCGCUUGCCUGGGCAUGCCACAUACCCCAGGAAAACCCAUCUCCUCGUCCACCUCGCGGGCGUCCCACCUGGGACUCCAGCCAAUGGAAGAUAUCGAUUACAAGACCAACCCGCAUGUGAAGCCCCCUUAUUCCUACGCCACCCUCAUCUGUAUGGCAAUGCAAGCAAGCAAGAAGACCAAGAUCACACUGUCUGCCAUUUACAAGUGGAUCACCGACAACUUCUGCUACUUCCGACACGCCGACCCCACCUGGCAGAAUUCUAUUAGACACAACCUCUCCCUGAAUAAGUGUUUCAUCAAAGUCCCACGGGAAAAAGAUGAGCCUGGCAAAGGAGGCUUCUGGAAGAUUGACCCACAAUAUGCCGAUCGCCUGAUGAAUGGGGCCAUGAAGAAGCGCAGACUCCCGCCUGUGCAGAUCCAUCCGGCCUUCGCUAGCGCCCAGGCUGCAGCCUCCGGUAAUAGCAACAGAGGUUCCCCCUGGCAGUUGAGCGUCAAUUCGGAGUCCCACCAACUGCUGAAGGAAUUCGAGGAGGCAACCGGUGAGCAAGGCUGGAAUGCAUUAGGAGAGCAUGGCUGGAAUGCCAUAAGCGAUGGGAAGUCCCACAAGCGCAAGCAGCCAUUGCCCAAACGCAUGUUUAAGGCCCCACGCCUCUCCAGCUCCCCUAUGCUCUGCCAAGAGGAGCAGACUGAAUUGGGGUCCUUGAAAGGUGAUUUUGACUGGGAAGUGAUCUUCGACUCUUCAAUGAAUGGGGUUAACUUCUCGGCCUUCGAGGACCUGGAAGUCACGCCUCCCCUGAGCCCAGUUACGCGCUCUGUCGACCUCACCGUUCAUGGAAAGCACAUCGACUGCCCACAGCAGUGGUACCCACUGGGACAGGACCAAGCGGUGGUCCAAAACAGCUUGGAUUUUGAUGAGACCUUCCUGGCCACCUCCUUCCUCCAGCACCCGUGGGAAGAGAACAGGAAUGAUUAUCUGUCAAACUCUGCCAAUAUCGAACAGCUUUUUGAUCUCAAUGAGGAAUUUCCCGCAGAGCUCAAUGACUGGUCUGCCUUGGGCUCCUAUAUAUAAUGUUGCCAUACAGGGACACAGAUAGACACUUAUAUAAAUAAAUUUAUAUUUACUAAGAACUUUUAUGAACAUUUAUGAAAUCCUUUGCAGAGCAGAGGGUACCGAUUCUGGAGUUUACACAGUUUGGGAAUAGAUCGGGUCUAUCCCGCUGAACGCUCCUCCAGUGGCCUGAGCUGUCGGGCAGCAGAUACGCUGGGCAGAAGACUGUCCCGUUCCCUCUGUCCAUGAUGAAAAGAACAGUACUUAAAUAAAGAACCUUUUUGUACUUAUUUUUCUAGGUAUUUUCAAAACGAACUUAGGUGUUACCUCUGUAUUGUGGGUAGGGCGAAAUACAGACAAUGUGAUAUCAGAUGAGUCUGAUGUAUGAUCACUUCUGGAAUAUGUGCAAUGUGCCCUUCCCUCUCUCUUUCUCUCUUCCACAGGCCGAAGAGUUGCCCGUUAUCUGUCUUCUAAUCUUUUUUUAUAUAACAGCGGUAGAAAUGGGAGAAAAAAAAAAACAGAUAGACAACGAAAAAAAAACGAAAAUACCUAAACCUAAUGUGUUUAAUGUCAUUAGGAAUACUGUUAUUAUUGGGGGGUGAUUUCUUUUUAUUUUAGAAAUUUUAACCAGACACAACAAAUCUAACUUUAUUUAGCCUCCUAUUGCCUGUCUUUCAUUCCUAAUCCCUUGUUACUGAGAAAUCAGACAGAGUGAUAUCAAGAUGUACAGGCUUGGUGUAAUAAUACCUUAAAUAUAUAUAUAUAUAUAUAUAUAAAAACAAAUAUUCAACGUAUAUUUUUUUCUCAAAACCAAUUUCUGUCGGCUUCCACAUUGCCAUAGACGCUGCCCUGGCAACAAAGAGAGUCGGGAAAUAGCUACUGGGAGAAAAAGGUGUCCAGUAGUUUUCUCUUUUGUUUUUUUUCUAUCUGAGGAAGGGAAUGAGAGUGUGUGAGAAUGCUUGUGUUUGAACAGAAAAGAAGGCAGCCAACAAUGCAGAUUUUAUGACUCUGUUUAUCUCCUGCCUGAAUGGUUCAAACAUUAUUAUGCAAUUGCAAUUGGGGUAGAAGGGUGACUGAAAAGUGGGCCACUGUUUUUCGGAUGAAUAAAAACGACAGCACGCUU